CAAGGGACACAGCGGGACACGUGGGACACGGACACGGGGGGAUACGGGGGAUACAGACACAGUGGGAUGGGCCAGGACACGAGGGGACGUGGCGUGAACAACGGGGGCAAAGCGGCCCGUGGUGCACCCAAGGGCCAUGUGGCUGAGGUGGCUGGGCAAGGUGGCCCAGGGCAAGGCCAGGUGGCACAGAACAGGGCAAGGUGACCCGUGGGAGGGCUGGUGGGACACAGUGAUCUGUGACAGGAGUGUCUGUGCAGCCUGGCACAUGGCUGGGCAUGUGGCGCACCGAGGCGGCCCACAAAAGGUCAGAGUGGCCUGUGGCACUGCAAGACAGCACACGGCAGGGCAUGAUGACCUGGUGAAUGCCAGGCUGGCCCAUUGGCAGGGCAUGGUGACCUGGAGCACUGCAGCACCGCAUAGAGCAGGACACGGUGACCUGGAGCACGCCAAGGUGGCUCCCAGAAAGGCCAGUGAGAACAAGGGGGGAUGCCAUGGCUGGAGUCAGGGGAGGUCUCUGCAGAGCAGUGCUGUGUGCUUUUCCCUCAGGCCCAGGGAUCCCAGAGACAUGUCUCUUACAGACAGCACUGACAUUGGCAGCAAAUCUGAGAAGCCUGUGUCCUUGAUCUGGGGGUGUGAGCUGACCUGUAAGCAGGAUUCCUACACCUUCCAGGCACUGGAGGAAUGGCAGUGCGAGCAGCAGCUGGCCCUGCGGACGAUCUGCCUGGGGGAGGCAGCUCAGGAUGAGUUCCACGUGGUGGAGAUCGUGCCAGCUGAGGAGGGGGAUGGCCAUGCCCCAGUGCCUUUGGCCACACUGAAACCCUCUGUGCUGCCCAUGGCCACCUUGGUGGGAGUGGAGCUGACUCCUCCAGUCACCUUCCGCCUGAAGGUGGGCUCUGGCCCUGUCUAUAUCAGCGGGCAGCAUGUCUCCAUGAUGCCCAACCUGUCCUGGGAGGAGGAAGAGGAGGAUGUUGAGGAAGAGGAGCCAGUAGAGGAGUCCCCCAAGGGCCAAGUUGCCAAGAAGGGCUGUGCUGCCAAGAAGAGAAGGCUGGAGAAGGAGGAUGAACUCAGGAACAAGGUUUCACCUGAGGAACCCCUUUCCAGCAAGGGACGAGGAGCUGCUAGGAGCAGGAAGGCAGUAGCAAAGAAGUAGAAGGAGUAGCAGCAGAGCCUGUCGAGGUGCAGCAGGACCCGGAAAGCUGCUGUUUUGGUGUUUUCCUUCCCCAAUAAAGGAUAUUUUGCA